GUACAACAUUUCCCAGAAUGCAAUUCGGUGUUUCAUGCCAAGGAAACAGUUUGUAUGGCCUUUUAUUUGAAUUCUUUCAGACAACGUUUUAAUCAGCUUUUAAUCAGCUGUUGUCAUGGUAAUGAAGUCAUCUGUUGAGGAUGAUGAUGCUGGCUGGGGGCUUGGAAUUCCAGAGAAGAUGAAGAAUAACGCAAACUGGGUGGAUAUCACCCUGGACUUCAAAGGGGCUUGUAAAGAACUGAAGCUUGGAGAACUGCUCCAUGACAAACUUUUUGGCCUGUUUGAAGCCAUGUCUGCCAUUGAAAUGAUGGAUCCCAAGAUGGAUGCUGGCAUGAUUGGCAAUCAAGUGAACAGGAAGGUCCUCAACUUCGAGCAGGCAGUCAAGGAUGGAGCUAUUAAAAUCAAGGAUUUGACCUUGCCUGAGCUGAUUGGUAUAAUGGACACAUGUUUUUGCUGCUUGAUCACGUGGCUUGAAGGUCAUUCCUUAGCCCAGACAGUUUUCACUUGCCUGUAUGUCCAUAACCCUGACCUAAUAGAAGACUCUGCCAUGAAGGCAUUUGCUCUUGGCAUUCUGAAAAUUUGUGAUAUUGCCCGGGAGAAAGUCAAUAAAGCAGCUGUUUUUGAAGAGGAAGAUUUCCAGGCAAUGACCUAUGGUUUCAAAAUGGCUAACAACGUGACAGAUUUAAGAGUUACAGGCAUGUUGAAGGAUGUAGAGGAUGAUUUACAAAGGAGGGUGAAGAGCACAAGGAGUCGACAGGGAGAAGAGAGGGACCCAGAAGUGGAACUUGAACAUCAACAAUGCCUGGCCCUUUUUAGCAGAAUUAAGUUUACACGUUUGCUGCUGACAGCUUUGAUCGCUUUUACAAAAAAAGAGACAAGCUCAGUGUCGGAAGCUCAGAAACUGAUGACACAAGCUGCAGAUCUCCUUUCUGCUAUCCACACUUCCAUCCAUCACGGUAUACAAGCACAAAAUGAUACUACAAAAGGAGAUCACCCCAUAAUGAUGGGAUUUGAACCCCUUGUUAACCAGCGGCUGCUACCCCCAACCUUUCCUCGCUAUGCCAAAAUCAUUAAGAGAGAAGAAAUGGUCAACUACUUCACCAAACUGAUAGAGCGCAUUAAAACAGUCUGUGAAGUUGUCAACACCACGAAUCUGCACUCCAUACUGGACUUUUUCUGUGAAUUCAGUGAGCAAUCCCCCUGUGUUCUUUCCAGAUCUUUGUUACAAACAACUUUCUUGAUUGAUAAUAAAAAGGUAUUUGGGACUCAUCUAAUGCAAGACAUGAUAAAGGAUGCUUUAAGGUAUUUUGUGAGCCCCCCUGUACUAUCUACAAAAUGCUGCUUAUACAACAACCAUCAGGCUAAGGAUUACAUUGACUCAUUUGUCACACACUGUACUCGGCCAUUCUGCAGUCUCAUUCAAAUCCAUGGACACAACAGGGCCCGACAAAGAGAUAAGUUGGGACACAUUUUGGAGGAGUUUUCUGCACUGCAGGAUGAAGCUGAAAAAGUGGAUGCUGCUCUACACAGUAUGCUAAUGAAGCAAGAGCCACAAAGACAGCAUUUGGCGUGCUUGGGAACAUGGGUCCUUUAUCACAACUUGAGAAUCAUGAUCCAGUACCUCCUGAGUGGCUUUGAACUUGAGCUCUAUAGCAUGCAUGAGUAUUACUACAUUUACUGGUAUUUGUCAGAAUUCCUGUAUGCCUGGUUGAUGUCCACACUGAGUCGAGCUGAUAGCUCUCAGAUGGCUGAGGAGAGGAUCAUGGAGGAGCAGCAGAAAGGACGCAGCAGCAAGAAAUCCAAAAAGAAGAAAAAGGCACGGCCCCUAAGCAGAGAGAUCACCAUGAGUCAAGCCUACCAGAAUAUGUGUGCUGGCAUGUACAAGACCAUGAUAGCAUUCGACAUGGACGGAAAAGUAAGAAAGCCAAAGUUUGAGCUGGACAGUGAGCAAGUCCGAUAUGAACAUCGUUUUGCCCCUUUCAACAGUGUUGUUACCCCUCCUCCUGUGCAUUACAUCCAGUUUAAGGAAAUGUCUGACCUGAAUAAAUAUAGCCCUCCUCCUCAAUCCUCGGAUCUCUACAUGGCAUCCAGUAAGCACUUCCAGCAAGCCAAGAUGAUCCUGGAGAAUGUUCCCAAUCCAGAUCCAGAGGUGAAUCGAAUACUGAAAGUGGCCAAACCCAACAUAGUGGUGAUGAAGUUGCUUGCAGGAGGCCACAAAAAAGAGACUAAGGUUCUACCAGAGUUUGAUUUCUCUGCGCAUAAGUACUUCCCAGUGGUGAAGAUAAUUUAAUAAGGAAUUUUACAUUUAAAAAAAACAAUGGGAUGGCAUUUUGUGUCAUGAAGUAUCUGAGCUGUGUAAGUUGUACAGUAAAUUAGUGACAUAUCAGAUUCAUCAUGCAGCAAUUGCAAAACGUAAGAAGAAUGACUUCAUUGACCAUAUUGAACCUCUGUUUAGAGUGAAAUUCCAUCUUAGCUACAUAAAUGUUGUGGAUUUGUCCAUUUAACUUUUUGAUCUGUUCAUGAACUUCUGAAAUCUUAAGAAUAGUAAGGUUUUAGCUUGCUUUGGGUAUGGCAGACUGGACUGUUUUUUUAACAUUCUUUUUUCUUCCUUUAGAAUAAUAGAAACAAAAUUGUAAUUGUUACAUUUGCUUUGAUUUUGUUUACCAAGUACAUAAAAAUUGUACAUUGACCAGACCUAUUAAAAUGUCAAAAUGUUUGUUUUCACCUUGAUUAAUCUGAAGUAUUUUAAAUGUUUUAACACUAUAUGGAAGCCCCACAUUUCAGAAGAAAAUGCAUAAUAAACUGGUUUACUACAUUAAA